CAGAUUUUACCCCUAUAUUUGUGAGUCAUGGCAGCUCCCAUGAAGGGCCAAGUGUGUGUGGUGACUGGUGCUUCCAGGGGUAUUGGCCGUGGCAUCGCCUUGCAGCUCUGUCAAGCAGGUGCCACAGUUUACAUCACUGGCCGACAUAUGGACACGCUGCGGGCCACUGCUCAGGAUGCACAAUCCCGAGGGGGCCGGUGUGUGCCUGUGGUGUGCGAUUCAAGCAAGGAGAGUGAAGUGCAAAGCCUGUUUGAGCAGGUGAACCGAGAACAGCACGGGCGUCUGGAUGUGCUGGUCAACAAUGCCUUUUCUGGGGCCCAGGCAAUCAUGGACAACAUUGAGAAGGCAUUCUGGGAAAUCCCUGCCUCCAUUUGGGAUGAUAUCAACGAUGUCGGACUCAGAGGCCACUACUUGUGCUCGGUGUAUGGGGCACGGCUGAUGGUACCAGCUGGCCGGGGGCUCAUCGUGGUCAUCUCCUCCGUUGGGGGGCUGCAGUAUUUCUUCAACGUCCCUUAUGGCGUGGGCAAAGCUGCGUGUGACAGGUUGGCUGCUGAUUGUGCGCAGGAGCUGCGGCAGCACGGGGUCAGCUACGUGUCUCUGUGGCCAGGGCUGGUGCAGACAGAACUGAUGAAGGACUUUGUGGAGAAGAAUGAUGAUUAUAAGGAUCCCAUGCUUAAGCAGCUCAAAUUUAAUUUCUCAUCUGGGGAGACCACAGAAGUGAGUGGCAAAUGCGUGGUGGCUUUGGCAACAGACCCCAAUAUCCUGAGCCUGAGUGGGAAGGUGCUGCCAUCCUGUGACCUCGCUCGACGCUAUGGCCUUCAGGAUGUGGAUGGCCGCCCUGUCCACGACUUUUUGUCUUUAAGCUCCAUUCUCUCCCAUGCCUCUCGCCUGGGCUGGCUGGGCUCCUACUUGCCUGGCUUCCUCCGUAUGCCCAAGUGGAUUAUGACCCUGUACUCCAGCAAGUUCUAACUCUUCUGGCCUGACGUCACCACUCUGUCUUUCGGGCUGUGUGGUUGGGCCUAUCUCAGUGGAACAAGAUAGCCUUUCCUGCCUACCGCAUACCCCUGAUACAAAGAGAAGGCCUCUGCUGUGUGUCCUUGGUGAGCCAUGGGGGGGGCCCUAUCGGUCCUUCUUUGUGCCUUGUUUUUGGGGACUAAUAAAUGUCUCAUUCAUUUCUGCUUCA